AUGGCGUCUCUACUACGAGAGUGCAGUGCGAAGUCAUCUAUAGCACUAUGUCGAACCUGCACCACUCCCGGGAUUCAAUCCCGUCUGUUCUCUUCGACUGCUCGCAUGAUGGUCGGUCCCGAAGCCCCCAGCUACAUUGAUAUACCACAAUCGAUUCAGCCAGACCUCCCCCGUCGUCCACAGAUUAAAGGCACCCUGCCUGUUCCUCGAGAGCUAUUCCCAUCCCGCCGACCCGAUAAACCUACCGAAUCAUACAUCGCAGACGCUACACCACUGCCAUCAAACACGUCUCCAAGGGUGGCACCAGGUCAUCCCCAAUAUGAAAUUCUCGAAUGGAAACGAAAAAUGGCAGACGUCAGGAGGAAGCAUUUACGUGAAGGUCUUUUGGAGCUGCAUGAGCGCAAGAAGAAUGCUCACCGGAGAAUGGUUGCGAGAAGUAAUGCCAAAGAGAAUCGUCGAACUCAAAUCCUGAAUCAGCCAGAGCGAGAAGACAAGCGUCUCACAGCUGCUACGACGGUUUCGACUAUGAAGCCCGUCAAAUGUAAAGUGCUACCCAACCCGGGUGCAGCGGAACGAUUGGCCCAGUCAACCGCAAAAGUUAAGGAGAUCCAGGCCGCCAAGCGUGAAGAUAUGGUGAACUCGAUCCAUGAGCUUUAUCUGAAUGCACAGACUUUUAUUGUCAAUGAAAAGCAACUCAACGCUGAGAUUGAUCGUGUUUUCCCCAUUGAUAACAACCCCGACUGGGCCAACGGGAGCCGAACUGGAGAAAAUAUUUGGAACUUGGGUCCUCCUCCUACCAUGGCUGUUCUAGGAAACCAGACGAAGGAUGAAUUGACUAAAUGGGAGACCGUACAGCGACGCACCAAGAAACUUGCCGAGGAGCUUACGGGAGGCAAAAUAUAA